GCUGUGUGACGGAGCCUGAGCGCUGCUGGGAGUUCACUGCUCAACUAAAGCCGAUCAUCUCACAGGUGUCGACUUUUCACUGCAGUGCCAUGUCCACAAUAAGGAGCCCUGGUGCUGCAAGGGCAGGAUCUUCCUCAUGCUCGCCCUCCUCGUCGUCCUCCUCCUCCACGGACCCUGUUGCAGAAGAUCCUGGUCAUCAGCAUCUGUUCUCGGGUCUACGUCCCCGGCAGCGGCCUCUCCGCUUACGGACCUUCAGCAGCUCCCUGAGACGCCGCAGGAGGGAGAUGACCCCGGACGACAUGAAAGACUCCAACUACUGGGACAAGCGACGGAAGAACAACGAGGCGGCGAAGCGGUCCAGGGACAGGAGGAGGCUGAGCGACCUGGUGCUGGAGGACCAGCUGCUGACCCUGAGCCGGGAGAAUUCACAGCUGCGCGCCCAUGUGCUCAGUCUGCAGUACCAGAGUCUGAGAGCAGGGGCGGCCGAAGCUGCAGCUGCUGCAGCCUCCACCUGGUCCUCCUCGCCCGCUCUCACCCCUGCUCUCCUCCCGCCAGGACUUUGCAUGAGCACCCCUGGGUUUCCUGUCUUGGGUGCGAGGCAUCAGGAAACAGCCAGUCACCCCUUCCCUUGUUUCGGCUCCAAUAAAGGUGCUGCUGCUUUUAGUCCACCGGGGUCAGCUGAGGCAGAGAUGGAGGCCCGGCGUCAGGGUCAGGUCUCCUCCAGCGAGGACAUCCCCACCUACAGCCACGUCUCCGCCAUCCGCGCGCAUGGCGUCCUGCACCGAGCCUCCACCCCGUCACACGCACCUGUCAACAGGCUACUGCCCCACCCGAGUCCCUCUGAAAAGUGUGACCGUCUGCUGCUGCCCUGGUGGUCCUUCUACGGGCCACGGGCCCCUCUCUACCUCCAGCAGGGACAGGGCCAGGGCGCCGGGGUGGAGGCGGACUUUAAGAGCCGGGUCAGCAGCGCUGCAGCGGGGCUGUCUCAAGUCGUAAUGCACCUCAGUCCUGAUAGACGCUAUUAUUGA